CUUUUCUCAUUUUUUAUCUAUUUAUCCGUCCUCUUCUACUAUUACAUACUGUUGCGCCAUUUCGACAAUAUGUCCAGCGAAACAAGCUUGGUCUUUAUUCCCGGCGCUUGGCACAAGCCAUCGUGCUACGGCAAAGUAAUGGAACAGUUACAAAAACGACACCAUUUGAGAUGCGUCCCUGUCACUCUUCCAACUACAAUGAAUAAUCCAAUGGCAACAUUUAAAGACGACGUCGACGCCGCUCGUUCUGCCAUUAUGCAAGAAACAGAAAAGGGCCGUGACGUGAUUGUCAUUGCGCAUUCCUACGGAGGUACGGUUGGUAAUAGUGCUGUCAAAGGUUUUUCUAAAUCAGCCUCUGUACGCACCGAGUCAUUUGCAUCAAGCCAAAGCUCGAUAAUAGCAUCUAUGCCCAACAAACGGAACGCAGAGAUAGGAUGCGUUGUCGGUCUUAUCCUCAUUGCUACCGGAUUUUGCUUCACUGGAUUCACCUUUAUGGACCAUUUUUUCGGUAUCACUCCGCCUUUUUUCCGCGUCAACAAGGAGACUGGGUUUGCAGACCUUACAGUUCGUCCUCAAAAGUUCUUCUACCACGAUCUGCCGCCUGCUGAGGCGGACCACGCGACUUCAAUGCUCAGCACACAAAGCCUCAAAGCAUUGUUUGAAGGUGGCGAGUAUUCGUACUCGGGGUGGCUGGAUGUGCCUGUAUGGUUCAUCGGAACAGUUGAAGAUCAGGGGUUGCCAAUCGUUGUGCAACGAGCUCUGAUUGGGAUGGCGAGGACUCUGGGUGGUCGCGUGGUGUAUACCGAGCUGCAAACAAGCCAUUCGCCAUUCUUAAGUCAGCCAACGCAAGUUGUACAAAUCAUGCUUCAAGCCUUUCAGUCUUUCACAGGUACAAGAGCCGAUGGAACAUCAGAGACACUCGAAUUGGCAAAUAAGCGAUAUAUUCCUCUGGUGAGCCCUUGGCAACCUACAACAUGGUUUCGGUAUGGACUGCCGCUGGUUGUUGGCAGUCUUGUAGGUUGGACUAUACUAUCGUAUAGAAAGUCCAAGGGCUUGUGGAAUUUGCAGUCUAGAGAGACAAAGGCCGACUAGAAAAUCAAGGCAUAGUGUAAAUCUGUAUAAAGAAAGAAUCUCC